AUGCUGUCCACCUCGCGACAGCUUCUCGCUGCUACUCAGCGGCGAGCCAUUGCCCAUGGCAUCCGCCGCAUGGCGACUGUCAGCGAUGCUCCCCUCGACAAGAAGGUGAAGCAGAACAUCCACGAAGAGGGCAACUUCAUCAACUACAAGAAGAUGUCCGAGAACCUCGCGAUUGUCCGCUCCAGAUUGAACCGUCCCCUCGCAUACGCAGAAAAGAUUCUCUACUCCCAUCUCGACGACCCGCACGGACAAGAGAUCGAGCGUGGUGUCUCCUACCUGAAGCUCCGCCCGGAUCGUGUCGCAUGCCAGGAUGCCACAGCCCAGAUGGCCAUUCUGCAGUUCAUGUCUGCCGGUAUGCCCUCAGUGGCAAACCCUACCACGGUCCAUUGUGAUCAUUUGAUCGAGGCACAGACUGGCGGUGUCAAGGAUCUGGCGCGCGCCACCGAGAUCAACAAGGAGGUCUACGACUUCUUGUCUACAUCUUGCGCAAAGUUCAACAUUGGUUUCUGGAGACCUGGCUCUGGGAUCAUUCAUCAGAUCAUACUUGAGAAUUACGCCUUCCCUGGCGGUCUUCUUAUUGGUACUGACUCGCACACACCCAAUGCUGGUGGAUUAGGCAUGGCAGCCAUUGGAGUUGGUGGUGCUGAUGCUGUCGACGUUAUGGCCAAUCUGCCAUGGGAGUUGAAGGCUCCAAAGGUCAUUGGUAUCAAAUUGACCGGCGAGAUGUCUGGAUGGACUUCACCUAAGGACAUUAUCCUGAAAGUCGCGGGAAUCUUGACUGUGAAGGGAGGAACUGGUGCUAUUGUUGAGUACUUUGGUCCUGGUACCGAAUCAAUCAGCUGUACCGGGAUGGCGACAAUAUGCAAUAUGGGCGCUGAAAUCGGAGCAACCACAUCCCUGUUCCCCUUCAACGAUCGCAUGUACGAUUACCUUGCUGCUACCAAGCGUAAGGACAUCGGUGACUUUGCCCGCACAUACGCCAAGGAACUCCGCGAGGAUGAGGGUGCUCAAUACGACGAGCUGAUCGAGAUAAACCUAUCGGAGCUUGAGCCACACAUCAACGGCCCUUUCACUCCCGAUCUUGCUACUCCCAUAUCCAAAUUCAGCGAGGCUGUCAAGGCUAAUAACUGGCCCGAGGAGCUCAAAGUCGGUUUGAUCGGCUCCUGUACCAACUCUUCUUACGAAGAUUUCUCCCGCGCUGCGUCGAUUGCCAAAGAUGCCCUCGACCAUGGUCUUAAGUCCAAAUCUCUCUUCACUGUUACCCCAGGUUCUGAGCAAAUCCGUGCUACAACUGCCCGUGAUGGUCAAUUGGAGAUCCUCGAAGAAUUUGGAGGAGUCGUGCUUGCAAAUGCCUGCGGACCUUGCAUCGGGCAGUGGGAUCGUAAAGACGUGGCCAAGGGUCAAGCAAACUCCAUCGUCUCAUCCUACAACCGCAAUUUCACAGGUCGCAACGAUAGCAAUCCCUCCACUCACAGUUUUGUCACAUCGCCAGAUCUUGUGGUUGCUCUCAGCAUCGCCGGAUCUCUUCACUUCAACCCCCUCACCGACAAGCUGAAGGACAAGGACGGAAACGAGUUCCUCCUGUCUCCACCAUCCGGUGCAGGUCUCCCAUCAGCCGGCUACGAUCCAGGACAGAACACCUACCAAGCUCCUCCCGCAGACCGCAACUCUGUUUCCGUCGCUGUAUCGCCUAGCAGUGACAGACUUCAAGUGCUCGAGCCUUUCACCGCGUGGGAUGGGAAGGAUGCCCUGGACCUUCCGAUUCUCAUAAAGUGUAAGGGAAAGACUACCACUGACCACAUUUCUAUGGCCGGUCCUUGGUUGAAGUACCGUGGACAUUUGGAUAACAUCUCCAACAACAUGUUGAUUGGUGCCACGAAUGCCGCGAAUGGUAAAGCCAACGAAGUCAAGAACUUCACCACAGGGGAGUUUGGGGCCGUACCCGCUACCGCUCGAGACUAUAAGAAGAAGGGAAUUCCCUGGGUUGUUAUUGGAGACUGGAACUACGGAGAAGGAAGUUCAAGAGAACACGCUGCUUUGGAGCCGAGACAUUUGGGAGGUCUUGCCAUCAUCACCCGCUCAUUUGCCCGUAUCCACGAGACCAACUUGAAGAAGCAAGGUAUGCUUCCGUUGACCUUUGUCGACCCUGAGGACUAUGAGAAGAUCCAGCCCUACGAUAAGGUUGAUCUUCUCUGCACCGAAAUUGCAGUUGGAAAGCCCAUGACUCUAAGAGUGCACCCCAAAGACGGCAAGACAUUCGACAUCAAGCUGGCUCACACGUUUAACGCUCCCCAAAUCGAGUGGUUCAAGAACGGGUCGGCACUCAACACUAUGGCCAAGGCCAAUGCGUCGUAA